AUGCAAUUUGGACACAACAAAAGAACUUGCCAAAGAGGUCUAGUCAAUGGUGGAGCAUCUGCUGCUGGUAGGGGCAGUGGCACAUCCAGUGGUAGAGGCAGUGCCAAAACUGCUGAUAGGGGCAGUGGCAGAUUUGUGAGCAUGGGCAGAAGCAGUGGUAGAUCUGUGAGUAGGGGCAGGGGUAGAGGCAAUUCAAGUGGGAGAGGUAGUUCAGUUGAGAGGGGAAACGCAAGUGAUAAAGACAAUUCAAGUGGGAGGGAUAGUUCAGUUGGGAGGGGAAAUAUAACUACAAGUGGAAGUUCAACUGGGAAGGGGAGUUCAAGUGGGAGAUCAGGAGCAUCUGCUGUUGGUAGGGGCAGUGGCAUAUCCAGUGGUAGAGGCAGUGGCAAAACUGCUGGUAGGGGCAGUGGCAGAUCUGUGAGUAAGGGCAGAGGCAGUGGCAGAUUUGUGAGUAGGGGCAGAGGUAGAGGCAAUUCAAGUGGGAAAGGUAGUUCAGCUGAGAGGGGAAAUGCAAGUGGUAAAGGCAAUUCAAGUGGAAGGGACAGUUCAACUGGAAGAGGAAAUACAACUACAAGAGGAAGUUCAGCUGGGAAGGGGAGUUCAAGUGGGAGAGGCAAGGGCAAGGUCAAGCAUGCACAAAUGAUUUAG